CAACUCUUCUCGUCUCGGAAUCCUUCGUCACUCGUGUGAGACUUCAAGAUGUUUAUUGCUCGGUCAGAAUAUGAUCGGGGUAUCAAUACCUUCUCCCCGGAAGGUCGUCUCUUCCAAGUCGAGUACUCCCUGGAGGCAAUCAAGCUAGGAUCGACUGCAAUCGGAGUCGCAACAGGCGGCGGAGUUGUCUUAGGCGUCGAAAAGCGAGUUACAUCCACUCUGCUCGAGACCUCAUCCGUAGAGAAGAUUGUCGAAAUCGACCGCCACAUUGGUUGUGCCAUGUCCGGACUGCAAGCCGAUGCACGUUCCAUGGUCGAGCAUGCGCGCGUUGAGUCUCAAAACCACGCCUUCCACUACAAUGAGCCAUUAAGAGUGGAGAGCUGUACUCAAGCGAUUUGUGAUUUGGCACUGAGAUUCGGAGAGGGUGCUGAUGGUGAGGAGAGCAUCAUGAGUAGACCUUUUGGUGUUGCGCUCUUGAUUGCCGGUUAUGAUGAUGAUGGACCACAACUCUACCACGCUGAGCCUAGUGGAACUUUCUACAGAUAUGAUGCGAAGGCUAUUGGGUCAGGAUCAGAAGGUGCACAAGCGGAGCUGCAAAAUGAGUUUCAUAAGUCAUUGACAAUCGAGGAAGCUGAAACGCUAGUUCUGAAGACAUUGAAGCAGGUCAUGGAAGAGAAGCUGGACUCGAAGAAUGUUCAGUUGGCGAGCGUAACGAAGGAGAAGGGAUUCAGAAUCUACACAGACGAGGAGAUGGCUGCCGUUGUGGAAAGAUUACCAGCGAAUUGAUGACACAACCUGUAUUACAACCCUAUGGCAUGGCAGAAUAACGGAGUUACGAGGGAAAAUAAAGCCGUCUUUAGACAAUAUUGCAUCUCGUGGCAUGACCGAAGCACUUCUGGAAGGCGAAAAGAGCUUUCGCUCUAACAGCAGUCAUCAGAGUUACAAGCGUCUCGACGGAUUAUCUACCGAGACCUUUUCGUGAUUGCUUGAAGCACAAAUGACUGUACUCCAUGUUUACUUGUCUG